AUGGUGGAUGAUAUGAAGACGAAAGGUUCGUUGACCAACUGUAUCGCUAUCUCUGACGUUUCGGGAUCUAUGGAAGGUACUCCCAUGGAAGUAUCCGUCGCGCUGGGUCUACUCGUCUCUGAGCUAUCGGAGGAGCCAUGGAGAGGAAAGCUGAUAACUUUCAGCGAGACUCCAGAGUUGCAUUUGGUGGAGGGAGACGACCUGAGAUCAAAGACAGAGUUCGUGAGGGAUAUGGAUUGGGGAGGCAACACUGACUUUCAGAAAGUGUUUGAUCUGAUAUUGAAAGUGGCGGUUGAAGGGAAGCUGAAGCCCGAGGAGAUGAUCAAGAGGGUGUUUGUUUAG